AUGUGGCUUACCACCGCCACUCAAACCUUCCAUCCAUCAACAACACCCUUCCUCCCCUUCUCGAAACUUCCACAACCACCGGCACAGCCCUUUUCCAACCUCCAAUCACGUCCCAAAAACCGACACCUGGCAGUCACCGCCUCUUCCGAAAAUGUAAGUGGGUUGGGCCAAGCAGUAUUCAGCGCCACAAAAUCCGGCCCAACAGCAGAAGAACAGCCCAACAAAGGGAAAGAGAUAAGUGGGUCGGAUAUUUUGUGGGCUAUGCAAAGAGCAAGUGUGAAAAAAGCUAAUACCAAGAAGAAGCAGAAGAAAAAAGGGUCAGGAGAUUUGAAGAGAGAUAAUAAUGGGAAAAAAGUUGUUGAUUAUGAUAAGAUCCGACCCUUAACCGUUAAGAGUGAUUGGGCUACCCGAUUGGAUGAUUUGGAGAAACGUCUUCAAGAAUUCUCUUCUCUGUGA